AUGGUGUCAACUCGCGAUUCGACAUUUAUGGAAAAAACCGAAGAUGAAGAAGAAUAUGAGUUAAAUUUUAGUUAUGAUCGUUUCAUCGAACGAUGUUGUUUGAAAGAUCAGGAAAAGUUGGCCUUCUUCGAGUAUAUUUUUAAGAUCAUUAUAGCGAGAAGUAAGGGGAUAGAAAAGCUCUUUGUUGAAAUUUAUUAUGAAGAUAAUGAAAUACCUUACACGAUACCUAAAGAUUUCUUUGGAUAUAUUUUUAGAUUAAAAGAUGUCGCGAGAUGUUUUUCCGGAUUAUCUGAAUUCACAUGUGAAGGGAAUUUUCAUAAGGCAUCAUUAAUUAACGAGAUAAAAAAGUAUUCUCAAGAGAUUAAAAAAUUAACCAUUUGUCCUUGGGAUAGGAAUUAUGUUAAUGAUUUAAAACCAAAGAAAAAUUUAAAAGAAUUAUUAAAAGUACAAAAAAAUCUUAAAUCAUUUUCAUUUUCAGUUGAUUCAGACAUUGAAAAUAAUAUUAUAGAGUGUAUACAAGGAAUGGUGGUGAAUACUUUAGAGUCUUUUCAAAUGCAACUUGGGGAGAUUACAAAUAAUGAAUUAAAACAUUUAUCAAAAUGUAAAAAGAUGAGGAAACUCUCUUUUGAUAGAGUUUAUUUUGAUGAACCAAUUACUGCUUUAGGUAAAAUCAUUUAUCCUGAACUUGAGGAAUUAAUAUUUUUUAAUUGUGUUUUUUUGAAUCAAUCUAUAGAUAUGUUGAAAGAAUUUAUUAAGAAGAAUGGAUAUAAUUUAAAAAAUGUUCAAUUAAAUCAAAAUAAUUUAGAUAUACCUGAUAUACUUUUGUAUCUAUCAAGAUAUUGUUCCAAUUUAAAUGAUCUCUAUGUAAAUAUUGAUAAUCAAUCUGAUGUUGAUUCACUUUUUAAGCUUUUACAAUCCAAGAAUAGUUUAAGGUUACUUAACGUUGGGUAUUAUAAUAAUGAUAAACCAAAAUUUAAGGCUAAUGAAUUUAUGAAAGAAUUUACCGAUAUUUUUUCCACAACGAAAAUCGUAAAGUUGGAUAUUAGUAAUUGGGAAAUUUCUCUUGAUGUUUUUAAGAAUUUCAUUGAGAGAUCCGGAGAAUUCUUAAAAGGUUUUGAGGCUUCUUGUAUCGGAGACGAGAAAGAAUUGGAAGAUGUAAUUCAAUCGUCCUCAGAAUUACAUUCUAGAAUUUUGAAAAGUUUUGUGAUCAAAGAAAAUGGUGAAAUCAAAAAUGUUAAUAUCGUGUGGAAAUAA